AUGUCAUAUGAGGACUUGAAGCCAGGGGUCCUUCUAAUACAGGUUUUACGGUAUCCUAAAACUGCAUUUCCAGUGCGCUUCGACUACAUCUACCAACAACCGCAACACCACCACCACCAUCAGCCAAACCAUCAACCGGCUGCUCCUCCUCCAACCAAUUACUACAGUACUCCCUACAGUCAUCACCAACAACAAAAUGCGACGACGGAACCCUAUCAACCGCAGUAUCAGAUGCUAGAGAGCAAUGGGAACGGCAUUCAUCCCCCACAGAUGCACCAUCCCCCGCAUAUGAUCCAUCAGAACUAUCCUCCUCCUCAGCACCAUCAAGCUGUUCCGCCGCCAAUCCAUCAGAUGCCUCGAUUCCAAUACGUAAUGGAGGAUUCAGACAGCCAGGAUUCGUUGGAUUCUAGAGGUACCAAUCAGAAGUACUCGACACCAGUCUCCACGCCAGCACGCUACUCGGAAGACAACGAUUCAGAAGACCUGAGCGAGGAAGUGAGGAAUCAUUGGAUGCCCAUGACCUGGUGUGAGAGAUCUUCUGAUGAUCCGCACGUCUUCAACUUUGUGUGUCUCUGGGGACAGUGUUGUAAUGUAUUCUCCUCGAAAGAGAAGUUCAUAGACCACUUGUACGGUCAUAUUCCAAGUCUGGAGGAUACGAUACAGACUGGGAGGUUUAGAAACGAUGAGAGUGUGAAUUGCAAGGUCAGAGGAUGUGGAGCCAAGGUGGCGUCGAUAGAUGACCUGAAUCGUCACAUCUCGAUGCACGUCUUCCAAGCGGAUUGUCAGCAGAAGGGCUCCGAAGCGUUGAUUGAUAAGGAGGAGUAUGUGGGGAUCGAGAGUUGUGGAUUCGAGCCUUGUACCAAUUUGAGCUAUGAGGGAAUGGUGCUGACGUGUCAAUGGGAGGAUUGUGGAACUAUCUUCCAUUCGUUGCCAGAGCUGUUUGAUCAUGUUGCGGCCCAUAUUGAGGAUUGUUGUGAUAUUGAUCGAGUGGAGCAGGAUUUUCAUAAUGGCGAAAAACGAAACGCCUGGCCAUGCAAAUGGACCGGCUGUAACCACAUGUCGGACUGCAAAUCGAAUCUCCGUCGUCACGCCCGUCACCACAGCGGAGAGAAGGUGCUCGCGUGCCCAUUCUGCGCCCGAUUCUUCUCGCGCCGUGAUAAACUCUACGAUCAUUGUGUCCGUCGGACGAUUCUCAUGUCCGAUCCGGAUAUUGAGGAUCCGUACCUCUGUAAACUGUGUCAGAAGAGAUUCGGGACAGAACGAGCUCUGUGUCUUCAUGUGACACGUCAUCUGGUAUCCCACACCUGUCCACUGUGCUCUGUGGCCAUGGAAUCGAGAUCGGCGAUUCAUCGACAUUUGAUGACGAAGCAUUCGAGGAGAUCCAGGGAUUUCAAGUGCACCACUUGCAAUAAAAUGUUCUUCACAGAGAGCGAGCUGAAUCGUCACGCCGUCUACCACACGGACGUCAUGUACAGCUGUAAGCACUGUCCGGAGAAGUUCAAAUGGAAGAAACAGCUUCUGAAGCACAUGAAGGAGCAUGAGGAGAACUUCAACCCCACGCCCUACAUCUGUCACAUAUGCGACCGCUCCUAUUCAUCUGGCUUCGCACUUGGACGUCAUCUGAAUCGCCAACACCGUCUGCAGGUUCCCAUCGGUUUCAGUCGUUUCACCUACAAAAGGUGUGCCGACGGUCUGAUGCGUCUGCAGACGAAGAAGCUGUUCAAGAGCGAUGCCACCAUGCCUCCUUCAACCUCAUCUUAA